GAGGAACGUUUGCGUUGAAUGGUUGUUGGGACUCGCGUGGAGCCUACCGUUUAUUUGUUGAAUAUAGCCUAUAUUUAAUCCGUAGUCACAAGGCUGGAAUUGGAACAGAAGGCUGGAAGUACACAGAUAAUCUCAAAAAUGCAUUUGGUGGUCCGACGAUACAGGCCCUCCGACAAGGCUGCUGUGUUAACCCUGUUCUGUGAUGGCAUCUUGGAGCACAUCAACCCUUCGUUCUACAACGCCAUUAGCAACCCUGUCAAUGUGGGCGUCGCCCUGUUCCUUUCUAUGGCCGGGUACAUGCUGGGAGGUGGGUCUACUCUCUGGGCCUUGCUGUUGGCUGGAGCCUGGGUAGGUCUGGUCUACUACUGCUGCAGCCAACUGUACUCUAGCUUCGUCAGAGAGAGGCUGCGCACGGACAUGCAGGACAUUCCAGGAUGCUACCUGAGCCACCCCGACAACUGCUUCUGGGUGGCUGAGACUGAGGUCAACGGCAGGGUUGAGAUUUUAGGUAUGGUGGCCGUUGUGGCCAAAAAGGUGGUGGGCGGAAGAGACGGGGAGAUGAGCGGUGAACUAUUCAGGAUGAUUGUAUCGACGAAGUGUCGUCGGACAGGACUCGGUUCCAGGAUGACCCAGACCGUUAUUGACUUUUGUAAAGAGCGAGGGUUCUCUAAGGUCGUCCUGGAAACCAGUUCCAUCCAGACUUCUGCAGUGGCCCUGUAUAAGAAACUGGGCUUCUCACACAUCCUGUCACACACCAAGACGUACUCUCCUGAAUGGAUGACAAUUAUAUCCCGAGUCACCAUUCUGAAGAUGGAAAAAGUCAUAUAAGACCUUCCCAUGAUUUUGUAUAGUAAGUGAAGCACAGAUUAGAUGUCUUUGAGACAAGAAUUAGAUGCAAUACCGUAGGCCUAUAUUAGUAACUAGAUCGAAUCAGCAAAGGUAUAAAUAUAAAAUAAAAUGGUAUAAUGUAGCCUAUUGAAAUAUGUUUGAAAAAUAUGUAUUUUCCCCAUUCAGGUUUCACACUUGUGAGUUGCGACCCCCGCAAAACAUUCUCAUGGAGGGGGGUUAGGAAACUGCUCUCUCAUUGUCACCACCAGCUGAGGAGUUUUCUCCCUAAUUGUCUUCCCUAUGACACAUGGCUCUCCAAACCUGUUCCUGUAGGUUUUUACUCCAACCCCACUUAUAACUAACCUGAUUAGGGUUUAUCAAUCAGCUAAUUAUUAGAAUCAGGUGCACUAGAUUAGACUUGGUGUGAAAAUCUACAGGACGUAGGUAGUUCUCCAGGAACAGAAUUGGAGAGCCCUACAUUUAUUUAUAUAUAUAUGACCUAUAUAUAUAUAUAUAUAUAUAUAUAUAUAUAUAUAUA